UUGAAAGGGUUUGUAUGGUAGACGAUGAUUACUCCCCUUCAAUUAAAAAUGAGAGUGAUAACGCUUUGGAAUACGAAUUGAAAAAUUUUACAAGUGUAUUUGGUGCUGCUCCGAGAGUACAUUGGUCAUCGGAAGAUCAAGGCUGGAUAUUUGCAGCUUUCAAUGCGGGUCUUCUCUGUAUGUUAUUUACCGGAUUCCUAGCAGACAAAUUCAACGCAAAAUAUAUGAUUAUUGUUAGUGUAUUGCUUGCAUCUAUGGCUAAUAUUGCUAUUCCUUUAACUGCUACUUUUAAUGUUGGUUAUGCAAUAGCUGCUCGUUUUAUGGUGGGCCUAGCUGAAGCACUCUUACAACCAGCUAUUAACUCGCUCGUUACACGAUGGUUCCCAGCAUCUGAACGGUCAUAUGCUUUGGGGCUAGCUACUGGAGGGAGGCAAUUUGGCACUCUACUAAUUAUCCCUACAGCAGGCGCAUUAUGCGCUCAAAACAUUUUUCUUGGCGGUUGGCCAUCUAUAUUCUAUGUUUCUGCUUUUUCGGGGCUUCUAUUUGUUUUGAUUUAUAUUUUGGUUGGGGCUGAUAAGCCUAGCAAACAAAAUUGUAUUUCUAAAGGAGAAUUGACAUUUAUAACAGUAGCAAAUUCACUGGAACAUAUGGGACAGAAACGUAUAAAUCGCAAAGUUCCCUGGAAGUGUAUAUUAAAAUCCCCACCAGUAUGGGCAGCGCUAGUUUCUGUUGUUUGUCACGAAUUUCCUUUAAUGACUAUGAUAAUGUUUUUGCCUGCUUAUUUACACGAUGUUCACCAUUAUGAUUCUACUCAGAAUGGAAUUUAUAGUGCUCUCCCAACUUUAGCUCUUUGGAUAAGCAAAAUUACUUCGAGUUGGCUUAACACGUGGCUACAGGAAAAUACAAAAUGGGGCGUCUCUUAUAUUUCUAGGGUUCUUAAUGCAAUUGGCUCAAUUGGAUUGUCACUCUUCAUGUUAGGAGCAACCUUCUUAGACUCAUCCAGAGCAUCGUUAGCAGUCGUUCUCCUAUGCUUUUCAAUGUUUUUUACAGGAUUGCAUACGCCUGGAUGUCAAGCGGCUUUAGUCGCUGUUGCCCCCGCAUUUUCUGGCGCUAUAACUGGACUAACUUUCUUUUUUGUUGCAAUAAGUGGCAUAAUAAACCCAGGAAUGACAAAAUUAAUAGUCAGAAAUGGUUCUGCUGCAGAAUGGAAUAUUGUUUUUUACAUUUCGACUUUUAUUGGAUUAAUUCCUGUGAUUGUUUUUAGUUGGUGGGGAUCAGCCGAUAUCCAAAACUGGGCUAAAGGACCAUCUUCAACCCCAUCAACAGCUUCAUGCCCUACAUUGGCAACGAUUGAGUCAAUUAGUGAGGGAAAAAAUGAGGUAAAACAGAAAGAAUAUCCCCAAAAAAUAGAAGAAAAAUACUAG